AUGAAGAACUCUUAUAAGGAUGCUGAAUCAUCAAUAUCCUCAAUUAGAAGUGAUUCAAUUGAUUCUGAACUAGAUGAUGUUGUUUAAAUUCAACUCAAGAAGCAGAACAUCAUGGGUUCUAAUCUUAAUAUGAUGAUCUAAUAAGAUUUACCACCACCUAUUCAGGACAAAUCGAAUUCUAAUGAUGAGGAAGAAUCAGACGAUGAUGAGGAGGUAAAGAGGGCAAGCUCCUCAGCAAGGCCUCAUGAUUUAGAAGAUUAAGAGCAAGGAGCUCUCUAUGCAAACGGUCAAGGUGGAACUACUGGUAAGAGCCCUGGACUAAGAAAAUAAUUUACCCAAAUGAAAUCUCGUAAGAUCAAGUACGUAAAGAAAAUUGUUAAGGUAAAAACUAAGAGCAAAAAAAGCAUGAUGAUGACCUAAAUGUCAAGAGGCAAGUCUUUUGCAAUGAAUGUACCUGGAUAAUUCACAUCUAUUCAACAUGAUCAAUAUACUUCAAUGAUUAAAUUGCCUCUAUAAAGAGAAUCGUCAGCAAAUGUUACAUCCCCAAAAAACAUCGAAAGUAAUAACUUGCUAAUACCUAAGAAUAAAUAAUCAGACAAAAAGACUGAUCGUAGAAACAGUAGUCGCAGGGGCACUGGGGUAAACGUAGUUAACAUAGAUGCCUAGAUGUUUAUUCAUGAGAAGAAAGGCAAAAUUACUAAUGAUUAUGAGGUGUUAGCCGUCAUAGGUAAAGGAGGGUAUGGAGAAGUCAAGAAAGUCAUCCAUAGACUCACUGGUGAUGUUAGAGCAAUGAAAAUCAUUAAGAAGGAAAGUUGCGAUGAAGGCUAUUUAAAAUCACUCAGCAAUGAAAUCAACAUUUUGAGACAACUAGAUCACCCUAAUAUCAACAAACUCUAUGAGAUCUAUCAAGAUAAGCAUCAUAUCUAUAUGAUUACAGAGUUCCUUGGUGGAGGUGAGUUAUUCGAUAUACUGGUCAAGAAGAGAUGCUUAGGAGAAAGCAUUGCUGCAAAGAUAAUUAAAUAAGUACUUUAGGCUAUAAACUAUUGUCAUUCAAAGAAAAUAGUCCAUAGAGAUCUCAAGCCUGAAAACUUGAUGCUGGAAGCUGAAGAUUAAUGGAAUGUUAAAGUUAUAGAUUUUGGACUAUCAAGGUACUUUUCUAAUGAUAAGAAAAUGUGCCAGCGACUAGGCACACCUUACUAUAUAGCACCAGAAGUUUUGAAGAAAAAAUAUGAUGAGAAGUGCGAUAUUUGGAGUAUUGGUGUUAUACUUCAUGUAUUGUUAUGCGGGGCUCCUCCGUUUCAAGGUAGAACUGAUGAAUAAAUCUUUGAAGCGAUUUAACUAGGAUACAUUACUUUCGCAUCUCCAGAAUGGGAGAAUAUCUCGAACGAAGGAAAGAUAUUUAUUAAGAAGCUACUUCAGGUGAAUCCAGAUGCAAGAUACUCAGCUAGAUAAGCCUUAGAUGACCCCUGGAUCAAAAUAUAUACUGGUGGUGAUAAUGUUUAACUAGCCUAUAGCGUAGCAAAGAAAGUUCUUAACAAUCUAAGAUAUUUCAGACCAGAUACAACUCUUUAGCAAGCUGUUCUCACUUAUAUGGCCAGUUAGUUUGCUUCAAAGGAUGAGAGAAUGAAACUGAAUGAAAUUUUCAAGGCUUUUGACAAAAAUCAUGAUGGAAUACUAAGCAGAGAGGAGUUGAUUCAAGGGUAUACCUAGAUGUAUGGAAGUGAAGCUAAAGCAAUAUAAGAAGUAGAUUAGAUUCUAUAAAAACUAGACAUGAAUAACUCUGGAGGAGUAGAUUAUUCAGAAUUUUUCUUGGCAACAAUCAAUAUACCUAAUAUGCUGACAAAAGAGAAACUUAAAGCAGCCUUUUAGAUUUUUGACCCUGAUGGCAGUGGUUAAAUUUCAAUAAAUGAAAUUGUUGCUAUCAUGGGUGGAGGAGAUUCUGUUGAGGGUAUUGAUGAUUGGAAAUAGGUUAUUGCUGACAUUGAUAAAGAUGGAAAUGGUGAGAUUAAUUUUGAGGAAUUUGAACAAAUGAUGAAAUAGUUAGUGAGUUAGUAGAAAUGA